CGACCAAACCGACCAAACAACGAUCAGUGGAACAACAAGUCAAAAAGCGGUGUUUCCUAACGUUCAAGCUUUCCCUUUCCCGCAUCCUUAACCACAAAGUUUCCUCGCUCAUAAAGUCCCCUCCUUAGUCAUCAUCAUCCCAAACCCCAACCCUGAAUCCAGGAAUAGGUAAAAGAAAAGAAUGGCCGACGGCGAGAUCAUCGUGGUUCCCUUCCACGGCUCCGGCCACAUCUUCCCGGCCAUUGAGCUCUCCAACCGCCUCGCCUCCCAUAACUACCGCAUCGCCCUCCUCCUUCCCUCCAACCCCUCCGAUGUGUCUCUCCACCCUCUGAUCCGGAUCGUGGAGUUCUCCAUGCCCCACCCUCCCGGUUUUCCUCCGGGACCACCACAACCAUCCUCCUCCACUUCUUCUCCUUCCGCCUCCCCAUCUGGGACCCACUGGUCCUCCUUCGCUGAUUUCCUCGCCAGGCGAUUUGACAGCGAUGAUCCGUCGCCUCCCCCGAUCUGUGCCAUCGUGGACGUGAUGAUGAGCCAGCUCUUGGACAUCUGCCGUGAAUUCGAAAUCCCGGCCGUCAGUUUCUUCACCUCCGGCGCCUGCACCACCGCUCUGGAUCACGCCAUGUCGAAGCUCUCAACGGAGGAUUUAGGCCCCGAUCGGACAGUCACCAUCCCCGGCUUGCCGGAAGAGAUGGCUCUUACCUCCCAAGAUUUCAACAACCGACCGGGCCAUCCGGGUGCUCCACCGCCGAUGUUUGGACCAGACCAUGGCGGUCCACCACCACAUUCCGGCCCCGGCCGUGGCGUCGUACGCCCAUUUGGUCCGCCUCCUCCGUUUGGACCCGGCCAUUUUGGCGGUCCGCCGCCUCCGCUCCUACCGGGAGACGACAUAGCUCCUCCACCGCCACCAGGCCCUGGCCACCAUGGAGGCCCUCCGCUGUCACCAAGACGAGGACCGCCGCCGCAGCCUCCAUUUGGACACGGGCACUGCGAUGGACCUCCCGCACCGCCCACAUCCGCCGGCAGUGGUCCACAUCCGAUGCCACAACUUCGACCGGGAGAUGGAGGCGCUCCUCGACCGCCACCGCGGGAAGGCCAUGACCACCAUCCGCCGCCGGUGCCAGGACACGGGCACUUUGCUGGCCCUCCGCCACCUCCAUUUGGACAUGGCCACGGUUGCCGUCCUCCACCGCCAGACGUUGGUGCUCCUCCGCCUCCGCCGGAUAGAAUAGGCCCACGACACCGUGGAGGUCCCCCGGGUACGAGCCUCGCCGAUAUGGAGAGUGCGAUCGCGUUUCUCUUCAACACCUGCGAUGAUCUGGAGCGUCCGUUCCUAGAGUACCUCAAGAAGGAAACUAAGAAGCCGGUGUGGGGCGUGGGCCCGCUCCUCCCGGCCGCGUUCUGGUCCGCGGCCGGCUCUCUCGUCCACGAUGCGGAGGUCCGGCCCAAGCGCGACGACUCCACCGUCAGCGAGCGAGACGUGCUCGAGUGGCUGGACUCGAAGCCGCGUGGCUCGGUGAUCUACGUGUCCUUCGGCUCUAUCGUGGCCCCUAGCGAGGCGGAGCUGGCUGAGCUGGCGGCCGGUCUGGAGGAGUCGAACCGGCCUUUCAUCUGGGCUGUCCAGCACCGUGCGUUGCGGCACGACCCCCGGGGGUUCCCGGUCCACACCGAUGGAAGCUUCUCGGAGCUGGAGGGGCUGGCGAGCCGGGUCGGGGGGAGGGGUCUGGUGAUCCGCGGGUGGGCGCCGCAGCUGCUUAUCCUAAGCCACGGGGCAACGGGGGACUUCUUGACGCACUGCGGCUGGAACUCGACGGUAGAGGCGCUGGGUUGCGGGGUGCCCAUGCUGACGUGGCCGGUGCACGGGGACCAACACCACAACGCGAGGCUGGUGACGCGGCGGCUCCAGGCGGGUAUCGCUAUCAAGUCCGGGUCGGAAUCGGUGAGCAAGAACGACGUGGUGGGGGGGAUCGAGCGGCUGAUGGCGGGCGAGGAGGAGGUGAGGCAGCGGGCCGCCUCGGCGCGGGCGAUCUUCGCCGGUGGGUUUCCUCGGACCUCCUCGGCAUCCUUAGACGCCUUCCUCGAUUUCAUCCCGCCGUUAUCUGAUCCAAAGUCAUGACCCUUCAGUCAAAUAGUUAGCCUGCUUUAGCGUGUUGGAUUUUGCUUUGACAAGUGCGCGGCAUGGUAGAACAGCUUACAUGUUAUGUAUUGUAUUGGAUGUGCAUGUUAAGAGACGGUUAGCCUGUCUGUCUAUGCUACUACAUCGAAUCUUGUUGCAAAACCUUGUACUAAGAAUAAAUAUAUAAAUAAACAAACUUGUAUAAAUAGUUAGUGUAGCAAGUUGCCGAAGAAUCAUUCAUUUUU